CUCUACUGAUUUUUAAGCGCACUUUUCGGCUCUCACGAGAUCCUUGCUGUGAAAUGAGCAAUCUACGCGCUCAAAAGCGUCUGGCCUCGGCUGUAUUCGGUUGUGGAAAAAAAAAGAUUUGGCUAGAUCCCAAUGAAACUGCAACCAUUCAAAAUGCCAACUCGCGUAAAAUGAUACGAAAGUUGUUUAAAGAUAACUUGAUUAUUCGCAAACCUGUGACAGUCCAUUCUCGUUCUCGAUGCCGAAAAAACUUGAUUGCACGUAGAAAAGGUCGUCACUCGGGAACGGGUAAAAGAAAAGGUACAGCAGAUGCACGUAUGCCUCAAAAGGUCCUGUGGAUGAGGCGAAUGAGAGUUCUUAGGCGUUUACUUAAGCGGUAUAGAGAAGCUCACAAAAUCGAUAAACAUCUGUACCACUUAUUAUAUCAACAAUGCAAAGGGAAUCAAUUUAAAAAUAAAAGAGUUCUCAUUGAUCAUAUUCACAAGAAAAAGGCAGAACGUCUCCGAGCAAAACAGCUCAGUGAUCAGGCAGAAGCACUGCGUCAAAGGAAGCGUGAGUCCCGGAUAAACCGUCAGCACAGGCUCGAAGAGCGAAAAAAGGCCGUGAUUGAGAGCUUUAAUACAGCUGUUGCUAAAUCUACAACUCCAGUCGCUCAAAAGCCCACCCCUUCAGUGGAAACUAAACCUAAGGUUGAAGUCAAGCCAGCUCCGGCCCCUGCACCAGCCCCAGUAGUUACACCGACGUCUCAGCCGUCUGUUGAAAAGGUAGAAGUCCCAACAAAACCUGCACCUCUCAAAGUGUCGAAAGUUGCACCACCACCAAAAAUCCCAACUGCAAAAACUCCUGCAGCUCCACCUAAAAUACCUGAGCCUGGUUCAGUCAAGUCAACGUCUUCUAAAAAACCUGCCAAGCGUUAGUGUGAAAUAGAUUUCAAAAUGGUAAUAUGUCUUUUAAAUCAUAUUCUUGGGUUAGCUUGCAAUUAUCCGCUGUUGUGUCCAUCCUUUGAUUGUAUCAUGGAGAUACGUUGUCUACAUCAAAUAAACUCAGGUGUUUGAACGAGUACGGAAUUUCGGUAGUAUGACUUAAAAUACCUGUUAUCUCAUCUAAGUACUGUAGGGAUUUCUAUAAUCUUUGUUGUGUAUGUUUAUGGUCAGGUUUAUACAGUGGUUGUAUUAUAUUAGUCCUGAAAAUAACUGUAUUUUCAACGUAAAAGAAUAUCGACUUGUGUUUCAUGUACGAUGUUUGUCAGACGUCUUUGUAUGCACACGUGCCAAUCUAUCCCUGUAAAAAGUCAGUGAUUAUCUAUCAUUGUGACCAUCCAAUAAAGCUCACAAGUUUCCAGUCACAUCUAUAAUGUGCUUUCUCUAGUACUCAUCUGUGAUCUGCACCGCAACCUCUGAUGUUGGCUCCCAGUUUGGUAAGAUGUUGCUAUUUGUUAGUUGACGACAAUGUGGCUUUAUCGUCAAGCUGUUAGGAGCGGUUGUGAAGUUCCGAACGUCUUGUGUCGAAAUCUCUAGCAGAUACUUGUAACCACUGCAGUUCUUGAAAUUCGAAUGUUUAAACCUGGGUUUUGUAGUUCGUUAACGAUUAUUUAUUUGCAAGAAUAAUCUUUUCAGAUAAUUGAAUCAGAUGUGCUAUCUAUAUGGCUCCACUUACUUUAGUAAUCUCUAGCUACAUCACUCCAUACUGAUCACGCGGGCUAUAACACACUAGCUCUGUACUUGAGAAAUGAACCGGAACUUCCAGAUAAUUGUAGGCUAGAAGUUGAAAGAUUGGUCAGGCUGCGAAGAACAAGGACCUGUCAUUAGUCUAAUUUGAAUAAAAUAGGUUAUGGAAAAACGGUUCAAAACAACUUGUUCGUAAUACUCUCCAUGGAAUAUGUUGUUUUCGGUGGCAGACCACUCAUAUCUACUGAAGUACGUUUUGAUUUACGUCUCCGUGUUUGGUUUUUAUACUAAUUCGUGAAGACAAUUGUUCUUCGUGUAAGUCCGUCCAAUGGCUAGGUGUCCACUCGAUACAAUCAUUUGAAUUCCAUGCAUCAUGUACCAUCACUACAUAUUCAAGUAUCAAGUAUAGCUGCGAGGGUAUAUGUUAUAUCCACGGACUAGUUGGGUUGCUCAAACUUAUACUGAUGAAAGUUUCGAGUAGUUGAUACACAUGGACACCUUCGUCACUGUUCAUUACUCCACGGACCCACUAAUUAUCUUUGAGUUACAUAACCUUCAGACUACACACAUGUAGGUGAAAACUCCAGAAUCUGCUCACCUCUAUCAGCUCAAUUAGGGUUAAGAUGUGCUCACUAAUCCUGCGAGCUGAAUUAGGAUAACACGUCUGUUACUAUGAAUGAAUGACGGACUCUUGAAAGACUUAUGCAAGCUAAGAAAUAAUAAACUUAUGACCGACUUUAAUGACUGUCCAAUCUAGUGUCUUACUUAAACUAUCAUAUAGAUUUAACCAGUUUCACUAGAAAAAUGCAUCCAAUGAUUGCUAAGAACUUGGUCUCUUGCAAGUAGUGUAACUGCAAAGUACUCAAUCCUACGAGGUUAAUGAUCACAUCUGGUUGUGAGCCUUGUAACUUCAAUUUGUGGUAUAUAGAUUAUGCUGUCAGCUACAACGUAGGACCAGGCACAUAUAUGCAUCGGUCCAAGUUGCCAUUACCUCAUUAGCACAACAACAUAAACUCCGAAUUCAUAAAAGUAGUCACUUAAAUGGUAGUAAUAUAUAAAAGGAAGAUUGUGUAUAAGGUUAUAGUACAGAAAGAAAGAAUACUAUACUACUAGAUUAUGCUGUGGACUAAGGUCACUUAAAUUUACAAUGCAAACACCAAUUAUUGAUUAGUGUUAUUUACGUAGUUGGCCAAUAUUUGUUAUCUAAUUAAGCAUCUUAUUCCAAAUCGUUUAUCUGGUUUCACCCUUCCCUUAAUUCCUCAAGUUGAACAGGAAUUUAAUGUAUGACUCGUUAAUGUGAUAGUGAAUCGCGGAGGUAGAAAUGACGUUGAAUCCUAAUGGCUAUAUAUCAGCAGGAGCAGAUCAACGAUCUAUAGAAGUAACGAGAUUUGAAUAAUAGCAGAGUAAGUAAUGGUAAGAGAGUCAACAUAUUUGGUAAAGAUUAUUGAAGGUCUUAAGUAGUACAAUAUUUUAGAUCUAGAGGUAUAAGAUUGAUCUUCAACACAAAUGCCCCGGUGCGACCGAGGGUGGGGAGAUUCCGCCCUCCCUCUCAAAAAGCUCUCACAUGGUCACUGCCACGGAAGUCCUGCUCAUUAACCAACCGAGUUGGUUGGUGUGGUCGAUCCACCUAGGGGAGUUGAAAAACCUUAAUUCCAAACUAAUGAUGUACAUAGGCUCCAGGAUCCUGACUUAUUUGUUUGAACAUAUAAGUAUUGGUACAAGAGAGCAGCAGAUAUAUGUGCGCCACACAAAGCAAUGAGAAUGGGAACAAAAGAACGAAUGUAAGGUGCGUAU